CGCAUAUCUACAUCCCAUCCGAAUCACAUCAGCUAUGGCCGACAACAUACCCUCGGGAAACGAGUACCGCACCGGCAGGUCGGACUCGACCUCGUCGGCCACUUCGACCGGAAGCGCCACCGCUCCACCUUAUCGCCGGUCCUCUCGCACUCUCUUCGAGGGCCUCACGGCGCAAAAGCGCAAGGACGACCCCGUCUCGAUCGCCCGCCGUCAGAGCCUGAACGAGCAGCGCCCGCAGCCCGGUUUCUUCGGCCAGAUGUGGAACAACUGGGUGCGUGGCACUAAGUAAACAUAACCACACACCAAAAGGAUAUGAAAGGGGGAGUCGCUUGCUCCCCCUCAUAGCGAAAGAAAUUAGCUCGGUGAAGCAAGCAAACGAGGCCAAGCCAGGCCGACUGAGAUGGACGAAACGAAUUGAGCAAUGUUCUAGUUGUUUUUUGGGCAGGCGUUCUGGGUGCGGUUAACGGGUCGAGGGAAAGGGCAACACAACACGUCUCUGCCCAGAUCAUACCCAUCGGGAGAAUGACAACUGGUGAAUGACGAAAUACCGAGGCUCAGGGGGUUAUUGUCGUCACGGAUCUCAAGUUUUUGGUUCAGGGUCUGGGAAUGUCUGAUUUGAUUUGCCUGUAGUUCACGUUAGCAAACUUGGAAGUCGUCACGGAAUAGUUGCCU